CAAAUAUCCUCUUCUUUGGGAAAACAACGAUCUUCCGACUCUUCCAACGCUAAGUCAAAAUGAAGUUCGCUCUCAUCAGCACAGUGAUCUAUACCGCCACUGUUCUUGCCGCUCCUGGAGCCAUUUCGCUCAGCCGUUCCUUCAAGACCAUUUCGGUGCGCGAUGACAACAAUGUCGAGGGUACUAGUCAUAUUGCCUGUGUCGAGUGUCCAUGCGAAGGCUUCUCUGGCGACUGUAAAUGCGUCAACAAUGGUUGCUGCUGUGAUAUGACAAACCCCGGACAACCGCCUGCAGGUGGCUGGUAGAGGUCUUAUUUUCUAGUGGGAAUCUUCGAGAUACG